AUGUGUCACCAAUGCAACCUUAGUAUAUCCUAUAUCGAUUACAAGAAGGCAUAUGAUUCCAUAUCGCACUCGUUCCCCAUCAAGCAAGAAGCAGAAGAAAAGAUUAAUCAGCCGGCCUGCAUUGCUUUCCUUCCAGAUCGCAUAAUCUUUAUCUGGAGUACAAAGGAAUUCUCCAACACCAAAGAUCGUCGAUCAUUCCGGAUCAAUGUGGACUAUGACCAUGCGGUGCGGGUGCGCUGGAGUCCAGAUGGUCGCGCUCUCGUCGCUUACAAAUACAAUGAGGGUUGCAUCGAGGUUUAUAGGGUUGAUAAAGUAGAAGGCUGGUUUCAGAAUCCCACCAAGGGUAUCACAUUCCCUCGAGCCUACAUGGACGACAUAGUAGGCUAUGGAAUCGCACCGGAUGGAAAAUACCUCAUGACAUGCUCGAACCGUACCGAGCUAACCAUCUGGGAUGUGCGAGGAAAUGUUCUUGAAAAGAUCGACACCUUUCUGAUGAAUACGUAUGGAGCCAAGAUUUCUCCCUGUGGUAAGUUUAUAGCUGCUUGUGGAUUCGCAAGUGAUGUGCCAAUUUGGGAAGUUAAAUUCAGCAAAUCGGAUGAGUUUCAAGGCGUUCAGAAAGCAUUCGAUCUUACUGGACACAAGUCCGGUGUAUACGAUGUAGCAUUUGAUCAGGACACUUCUAAAACGGUUACCGUUUGUAAGGAUGGAACGUGGAGAAUCUUUAACACCAAGAUUGAAUAUAAUAAAGGAGAGAUGCCUCGUUGCCUUGUAACAGGAGCUUACGAUACAACAAGCGCUGCUGCUCUGGUUGCACUCAGUCCACCAGGGGAAAUAGUUGCAAUUAGCACCGGGAAAUCAAUCCACUUUUUCUCGGCCAUCUCAGGCAAGCUGGAAGGAUCAAUUGAAAACUUAUGCUCCGAACAAAUUACAUCAAUUCAGUUUGAUUCGAUGGGAAAAUACCUACUAGUUUGUGCGGAUCGCUAUGUGCGCGUCUUCCACAACAUACCCGGGUAUAAAGUGGCCUUAGAGAUUGCUCAACAGAAGCUGAAGCAACCAAAAAUUACAGCAGCUACUCGUGAACGUAUUCUGAUGCAAAUCGCGGAGAAUGAUGCAUUUUUGAAAAAGUUCGAAUAG